AUGCAUAUCUCAUUAUUAGUCCUCGCGGGUCUAGCCAUCAUCUCUUCAUCACCACAGCUACUACAACUGGCACAAGCGCAGCCCCAGCCCUGUGGAGGAGCAGCGUUCGCAAAAGUCGGAACAACCUUCUACAUCCAAGGCGGAUCCACCUUCGAAGACAACCUCAUCCAAGCCUUCUGGGCCCUCGACCUCUCCUCCCCCUGGACAACCUCCUCCCCCGCCUGGUCUGCUUUAUCCCCACCUGGACCUUAUAACGCCUUUCACUCUGCAGGUGUUUCCUCUGAUGGGUCCUCGUUUAUUACAUUCGGACGUGAUACUGCAGCGAGUACCAACCAGGUUGCGCCGAAUUGGGUUAAUACGUUCCAUAUCGGGUCCAAGACCUGGUCGGCGGCCAAUCCCCCACAGGUGGCGGAUACGAGUCGGAGGGACUUUUAUGCUGUCACGAAUCUGGCCGGAUCCAAGAUCUAUAUCAUGGGUGGGAAUUCGGGCCCCGCGGGGGCGGUGAGCACGAACGUGUUGAAUACAUAUGAUCCAGCGACGGGGACGAUGAAUGAGGCGCCUAUGCCGGCGUCUGCGCCGCAGAAUAGUUCGACGUAUGCGGCGGUUUGGGUCAAGCGGUCGGCGACCAUGUUAUUGAUGGGGGGCGCUACCGCAGGGGGUUAUCCGCAGAGCCUUUGGAGUUAUAAUCCUGCAAGUGGUGGAUGGGCUACUCAGGCGUCAAGCGGACCAUUCAGCCAGAAUCGCAUCUCGCACUGUGCCGCCAGUAAUGCCGAUGGCUCAAUUGUGGCAGUGUUCGGCGGAUUCAUCAAUGGAGGAUCCACAGCCGACCCGAACGCCUACAUCCUCAACACAAUCACCUGGACAUGGACCGUCAUCCCCCUCGCCUCUGGACGUGGACGUGGCAAUGCUGCCUGUACCAUCAUCGACGACACCUUUAUCAUCUGGGGAGGAUUCUACAAUAACCCCAGCGUUGUGGGUGGGUUGCCUACGGGAGCGGAUAAUCUGCUGUUGCUUACGUUGUCGACUGGCCAGUGGACGACGUCAUAUACGCCAUCGACGGCCGCUGGCGGGGCUGGGAGUGGAGGUGGUGGGAAUGGAACUAGUGGUGGGACGGGAGGUAAUGGUGGAAUGGGAGGUAAUGGUGGGACUGGAAGUGGGAACGGAGGGCUUUCGGGUGGUGUGAUUGGGGGGAUUUGUGCGGGAGUUGCGGUUGUGGUUGCGGUGGUGGCGUUCUUGUUCUAUAGACGGUCUUCGAAGAAGGGCGAUUAUACCGUUGCUGCCUCGUCAGCAAAGCUAGAGUCUGGAUCGCAUGGUGCCCAUCAUCCUCCUGCUCCUCCAUGUACCGGAGGAGGUCCCACCAAUGGACAUGGACACCAUCACAACGGUAGUGGUGCUGCUGCACCCAUUGCUGCUGGUGCUGCUGUGGCUGGUGUCGCUGCCGGACAUAUCCCAUCCAACCAUCACAACCAUUCUCCACAACCGCCCGCACCAUCCACCACCGCCUCCCCAACCGUUUACGACCAAUCUCUCUACCACCAACAACAACCCCAACCUCAACAAAUCGGAUACGCAGGCUAUGACCAACACCAGCAGCAGCAGUACCCUCCCUACCUUCAACAAGCACCCGAGCAGUCAUUCCACCACCGCCCCAGCACAGAUAUCGCUUACUCCAGUGCAGGAGCACCGGGCGGAGAUGUGCAAUAUGUCGACGAGCACGGAAACCUCUACCGCCGCUCAUACCAGCCCGAAGUUGUCCCUGUACCUGUCCCAUCUCCAGGAACCGCGUACUACCCGCCCCCACCGCCCUCCGGAAGUAGUGGUGUUGGGACCCCGGAGCAAGGGGCUUACCAAGCCGCGUAUGGACAAGGACAGGGAGGAGAGGCACCGUACAAGGCGUUGGUUGGUGAAGGAGGAGCGCCAAGGGUGGACGCAAGCCCGUACCAUGAUUCGUAUGGCGUUGCUGGGUCUGCGACAACAGCUGCGAAGCGGCCAGUGGGUGGACCUCAAGGUGGGCCGUUUAUUGAGGUGCCUGUCGCCAAGGGUGCUCCUCAAGCCAUCCUGCAGUAA